AUGAGUAAUUUACUUUUUCAAAGUUUUAAUAGCAAUGGGAUUGAUGAUUUAUCAUCUGCAGCUACUUUCUCAAGCGCUGCUUCCGUUAAUGGAUCUGAUAAUGAUUCAGAUAAUGCCACUAUAAACCAAGAUGAUUUUUUACCUGGUCAUGGCGCUGAGCAUAGCCAUAGUCAUCACCGUGAUGAUAUUACUAAUGAUAUUGAUUCAGAUAAUGAAUCACUUAAAGUCGACGAUAUGUUUGAUGAUGAACCACGUUAUGAUCAUGAAUGUUCAUAUUGUCGAGUUCAUACCCCAAGUUCACUUGUCAAAUGUAAUACAUGUAAUAAAUGGUUUUGUAAUGCCAAAACAAACUCAUCAAGUUCCCAUAUUGUGACUCAUUUAAUUAUGUCUCGACAUAAUCAAGUCAGUACCCAUGAAGAAUCAGAUUUAGGUGCUACCACGUUAGAAUGUUAUAAUUGUGGAAAUAAAAAUGCAUUCAUAUUAGGAUUUGUAAGUGCAAAACAAGAAUCAGUUGUGGUUAUAUUAUGUCGAUUACCAUGUGCAAGACAAAAAGAUAUGCAUUGGGAUACAACCCAUUGGCAAGCCUUGAUUGAAGAUCGUCAGUUUUUAUCUUGGGUUGCCCCUCCACCACCUGAAGAUGAUUUAAUUAAUGCAAAAUUAAUCACCCCUCAACAAAUUUCAAAAUUAGAAGCACAAUGGAGAUUGAACCGUGAUGCUACUAUUAAUGAUCUCGAGAAUAAUGAUGUCGAGGAGGAAGAAGUGUUGCCGAUUUUGAUGAGAUAUAAUGAUGCUUUCCAAUAUCAAAGAUCGUUUGGACCUUUGGUUAAAUUAGAAGCUGAUUAUGAUAAGAAUUUAAAAGAAUCUCAAGCUUUAGAACAUAUUCAAGUCAAAUGGGCCCUUGGGUUAAAUAAUCGUCAUUUGGCAAGUUUUACUUUAUCUACUUUUGAAACCAGUGAUUUGAAAGUUGCAGUUGGUGAUGAAAUUAUUUUAAGAUAUAGUGGGAAUCAAGGUGAUCCUUGGGAAGGUAAUGGAUAUAUUUUAAGAUUGCCAAAUGCUUAUCAAGAAGAAUUCACCUUGGAAUUAAACCCAUCUAAAACUACCCCGCCAACUGAUUUAACUACUGAUUUUACUGCUGAAUUUGUUUGGAAAGGUACGUCUUAUGAACGUAUGCAACAAGCCAUGAAAGAUUUCGCCACUGAGGAAGAAUCCGUGUCUUCAUACAUUUAUCAUAAGUUAUUAGGUCAUGAAGUUGAACCUAUUCAAUUUGAUAUUGAAUUACCCAAGCGAUUCUCCCAUCCUAAAUUAACCGAAUUAAAUGCAUCUCAAACAAAUGCAGUCAGGGCCGUUUUACAAAGACCUUUGUCCCUUAUUCAAGGUCCUCCAGGUACUGGUAAAACCGUAACAUCAGCCACUAUUAUUUAUCAUUUAUCAAGAUUAAAUAAACAAAAGAUUUUAGUUUGUGCUCCUUCUAAUAUUGCUGUUGAUCAUUUAGCGGCAAAAUUAGAUCUUUUGGGAUUAAAUGUUGUUAGAUUAACUGCAAAAUCUAGAGAAGAUGUUGAAAGUUCAGUAAGUCAUUUAGCCCUUCAUAAUAUCGUCAAUGCUACCGCCAAGGGUGAAUUAAAAAAAUUAAUUAAAUUAAAGAGUGAAAUUGGUGAAUUAUCAAUUGAAGAUUCCAGAAAUUAUUUAAAAAAUUUACGUACCAGUGAAUUAAAAAUCUUAAAUAAAUGUGAAAUUGUAUGUUGUACAUGUGUUGGAGCUGCCGAUAAGAGAUUAUCACAAUAUGAUUUCAGAACUGUUUUGAUUGAUGAAAGUACUCAAGCUUCCGAACCCGAAAUCUUAAUCCCAAUCGUCAAGGGAGCCAAACAAGUCAUUUUAGUGGGUGAUCAUCAACAAUUAGGUCCAGUUAUUUUGGACAGAAAAGCGGCCGAUGCAGGUUUGAAACAAUCCUUAUUCGAAAGAUUGGUCUUUUUGGGUCAUGUACCUAUAAGAUUGGAAGUUCAAUAUAGAAUGCAUCCAUGUUUAUCUGAAUUCCCAAGUAAUAUGUUUUAUGAAGGGUCAUUACAAAAUGGUGUUACUUCUGAUGAUCGAUUAUUAGAAGAUUCAACUUUCCCUUGGCCUGUCAUUGAUACUCCUAUGAUGUUUUGGGCUAAUUAUGGACGUGAAGAAUUGAGUGCAAGUGGUAAUUCCUAUUUAAAUAGAGUUGAAGCCAUGAAUGUUGAAAAAAUCAUUACUAAGUUAUUUAAAGAUGGAGUUUCCGCGCUGCAAAUUGGGGUUAUCACUCCUUAUGAAGGUCAAAGAGCCUAUUUAGUUCAAUUCAUGUCCAUGAAUAGUACAUUAUUAGAUAAACGUGAUCAAUAUCUCGAAGUUGAAAUCACCAGUGUUGAUGCGUUCCAAGGUCGUGAAAAGGAUUUCAUUAUUUUGAGUUGUGUUCGUGCCAAUGAAGCUCAAAGUAUUGGAUUCUUGAGUGAUCCAAGAAGAUUAAAUGUCGCAUUAACAAGAGCUAAAUAUGGUUUGAUUGUCUUGGGUAAUCCAAGAGCCUUAUGUCGUAAUCGAUUAUGGAAUCAUUUAUUGGUUCAUUUCAGAGAAAAAGGAUGUCUUGUUGAUGGUCCUUUGGAUAAUUUACAAUUAUCAAUGGUUCAAUUAAACAAUACAAAGGGUAAUUAUCGCCCAGGACAAAAACCACCUAAAUUUGGAGCACCUUCAACUAGUUAUUCAGUAACUGAUUUUGAUAGUGCAAGUAUUGUCUCAUAUGAUAAUAGUGCCAUUAAUGGUAAUCGACCAUCUAAUAAAAUCCGGGAAGAAAUGUGGCCAAGUUUGAAUAAAUCAGUUGGUGAUGCUUAUGAUGCUAGUAAUACUUUAUCGGCUAACUUUUAUAGUAAAUUGAAUGCCUUGAAUGGGAAUUAUGAAGGUGGAAGAUAUAAUGUUGAGAAUAUUGAAGAUGAUAUUCGUAGUAUUACUGGGUCGUUUGCGGCUGGAUUUAAUUUUUAG